AUGGGUUUCUCGUCUGUGUGCAGGAGGACCGGGAGAACGUGAAGAUCCUUCCCGCAGGAGAGGGAUCGCAGGCCAACCUGAAGAGGAUCACAACUCCUUACAUGACCAAAUAUGAGAGAGCCAGAGUUCUCGGGACACGAGCUCUACAGAUAGCGAUGUGCGCUCCAGUCAUGGUGGAGCUGGAGGGAGAAACCGACCCGUUACAGAUCGCUAUGAAAGAACUCAAGUAAGUGUUUAGUUUGAUGUAUCCUU